AUGGACCACAUCUUGGUUGGCCUGGCGAAUCCAUGGCCUCUUCCGCAGCAAGCAAAGCACAACUUGGGCUCGCUGGUGCUUGAGAGCCUUGCCGAGGAGCUAGAUCUCGACUGGGAAUGGUGGUGGAGCUGUUUCGGAUGGGUGGCCCAUGCAAGAGUGAAUGAGCUGACGCUGAUCCUUUUCAUCCCCGGCACUUUCUACAACUUGUCAGGGUUCGCCGUCCGACGCGCCUGCGUCGUGCUUGGACUGGAAUCUCAUCAGCUAGUCCUCCUGCACGAUGAUAUAGACCUUGACCGUUUCUGCUGGGCAACUCGAGAUGGAGGAUCCGACGGAGGAAACCGCGGUGUGCGGAGUGUCUUCCAAUCGCUGGACCCUGGAGUGAGGAGACUUCGAAUAGGGGUCGGGCGACCUGCGAGUCGGGAUCCCAAAACCGUUGCCUGCCACGUGCUGGCACCCGUGGACCAAGAGCUCCUCGAACGCUGGCAAGCUGCAGCGCGCAACGGGGAGCUUCUGGAGAUCCUGGGUCUUCGAGGGCCCCCGACAGACAAUCGUUCUUCAACCCGAGGCAGGCUGUCAUGA